AUGAUAUUAAGGACAGCGAUGCUUGUGGUUUCACCUUCUGGGCUUUGCCGCUUCCGCUGCAAUGCUAAUUUUUUCCACACGGACGCAGCAGCUGCAGCAAGAGUAGCACCAGCAAGUCCUGCGGGUCCUCCAUCAGAGCUCCACGUUCCCUCAUCAACUGAAUUACGCUUGCUGCGCGCAAGCACGUUGUUGUUGAACCACCCUCCUCCUGACUAUGAAGUAUCCGUUCAUCGGGGCUUAAAGGUGCAAGCUUCGUUGCUGCUGCAGCGGCUGCCACUGGUGUAUAGAGAGCCGCUUUACGAGCAGCAAUUUCGGCUGUUUAAAGAGGAUUGGGAGAGAAGAACAAAUAACAGUGCAAUGCCUGACGAAAUAACAUGCAUGCAACUGCCAGGGCACCCGCUAGAAACGCAACAGGAGCAACGGGAGAACCAGCAACAAAAGACAGGCGAUGCGGACCUUUCUGAACUGGACAUGCUGCUCCAGCAAGAGGGCUUGAUGAUGGAUAGGCAAAAGUUGAGGAAACAACGAAGGAAGCAGCAGGAGAAUGCGGGGAUGUCAGAUCGUGCCAUGGAAGUAGCAUGUUCAGCAGCCGAAAGGGAGGACCGUUUACUAUCGCAGCACCCAGAAAGAGUGCUGCUACUGCUUGUAAAGUACGGCAACGGGUGGCAGCUUCCGGUGGAAGACAGACGACACGGACAGACGAUGCGCCAGACAUUGGCAAGGCUGUGCGUUAAGCAGCUGGGUUUGCGUGAGGCCCCCUUUAUGAUAGGCUUCGCCCCUGCAGCAGUGCGGAAGAUGCGAACCAAGCCUACUGCUGUUGUUCAGGGCCGAGAGAAGAGGCAAAGGGACGAAUGGCCCCUAACGGCUUUCUUGCCAUACGGAAUGUUCUGCUCCUUGGCUGAAAUGCGGAUGCAACAGCAAUAA